UUCACUUAGCAACACUUCUGGAAAGUUGAAAAGUUGUGGAUGUGCCGUCAAAAAAUUUCAUGUUAAAUUUGUGCUGAAAUUGUGUGAAUAUUGUCCACGAGGGAUUCGUGAGGCUGUUGCCAAUCCAUGGACAAUAUAUGGAAUCUCAGAUAGAAAUCAAGUUGUGGAGGUAUUUCAGCGGCAACACCGGCAACUCGUAACAGCAAGACCUAUUAAUUGCUGUCCUACAGUAUUCUUUUUGUUCUUUGAUUUUUUUUCUGUUACUGAUUGACACUCAAAGACAGUAUUUUUUUUCAAUUUAUUCCUCAUAGCGCAGUGAGGUAUAAUUUUGGUGAAAGAAAGAAGAAUGUGAAAUCAUGUACAUUUUUCUUGACUGUUUGUAUCGCUGUUGGAACUGUUUUCAGAUUAUGGUGACUGAUAGUUAAUUAAUUGAGUGGACAUUUUUGUGUUGUGGGUGUGGGAAAGUCCGCUAAAGACUUUAUGUGGAGGUUUUUUUCCACGCAGUUUAUUGUUACAUUUUAUUACAAGUGAAGAAAAAAAUAAGAGAUCGCGAAAAAAAUUAAAUAUUCUACUGAGGGAAAUUGAUGUGAAUUGAGGGGGUGAAAUUGGUGGACGGGAAGGAGGUGUUUGGAGAAAAAAGAAAAAGAAAAAUCCAUGGUGAGAAAAAGUGAGGAUAGUGAAAAGAUAUCUAGGGAAACCCACCGAAUAUUAAAAGUGUCAGAAGAAACAAUUUCGCCCAAUUUGGCCUCAAGUGUUAGUUGGAAGAGUAAGACAAUGGCAACAGAAGCCUCAUCAUCUACCACUCAGGCUAAUGCCACAUCAAUAACGGCAAUCACGACGGCUAUUGCCGUAGUGACACCCACAGCUAGAGCCACCACUUCCGUCGCGAUGACCACAAGCUCAAAGAUGGCCAGUCAGGCCACAAUAUCCACCACCAUGAAGAUUAGUCCAUGUCAGGCACAGAUGCCACCUCCGGCACCGCCUCAGCCACUCCAUGCACGUCCCAUGCAUCCUCCAGUGCAUCCUCAGAUUCAUCAUAUCGGUCCGGCUAUUCCCAUUCCGCCGCCAGGCGGAGGUGGUCCUGCCACUGCCGCGGCGGCUCCAGCUGGAUGGCAAUUAGUGGACUCGGUAUUCCACUUUGGGCCAGGCUUCGAGCCACAGCCCUAUUGCCCCAAACACUCGCAGGGUCCACAGCCCGGACAUGUGGUCUACUUCCACGUCAAUCCCGGCGUCAGUGUCACCUUUCAAGUGGCUGGCAACAGGGAGGUCGUUCGCGGUCCUGUGACAGUGCCAAUGGUGUCCCAAAGUGGUUCACCGCCGAUUCCAAUGCCCGUCCAAGUGCCGCCCGGCCACCUGAUGCAACAGAUCGUCGAUGAAAAUGGCACUCUACGUCAUGUGAUAUUGUCCACGGCCCACAAUCAGCAAAUCCAUGGACAGGGAAGUGUGCAAGGUGUCCAGCACCAUAUUCAUGGCCAUUAUAUCGCUGCCAAUGGGACAACGCCAUCGUUUUAUGGGCCCCUGGCGACGGGAUAUCCUGGUCCGGGACCGGGUCCACAUUUUCAUCCCAUCCCAGGGGGGCAUUUACAACCGCAGCAACUAUCGCACUCACCACAUUCACCGUCGCCGCCAAAUAAUAACUACCACAAGGAUGAACGCACGCAGCGACAGCACACAAAGUUGCUGCGGAAGUUGGAUCAGCAGCAACAGAAGCAGCGUGAAAUGAAUUCGGCACUCUCAACACCAGCACAUUCACCCUCACCGCGCAAGAGUGAACUCAAUGGACUGCGACGGACAACACCAGCGUCACGCAAUGGUGCCUCGUCCGUGGGAACAUCGGAGGAUGGCGAAGAGUCAUCCAGUGUGCCCGAUGAAGAAGAUGACUACCAGCCACUGAUUGAUCAACUGUCAGCAGUUCAAUCGCCUCAAGUGUCCGAAGUUAUGUCAAAGUCGGCCCUACUUCAGUGGGCAGCACCACCAAAUUCCGAACAAGUCACCCUCAAUCCCCGUGAUCUCCAGUACGAAGUACUACUGAGUGAUCGUGGAAAGGAUGGCAAGUACAAGAGUAUCUUCAAGGGAUCAUCGUUGUCGUGUCGAAUUCAGGAUCUCAGGCCGGGUCAGGAGUAUUCGGUGUGUUUGCAGGUGCACUAUCAAGAACUCCAGGGAUCAGCGUCAGAGCCAACAGUCUUCACAACGCCACCAUGUCCCCCAGAUACACCCUUUGCCCCCAAGCUAAUCACACGCACGAAGAAUAGCCUGCAAGUGAGGUGGAAUGCCACAGCUGACAAUGGGUCACACAUCCUUCAUUACAUCCUGGAGUACGAUGAGGGAAAGGGGAAGGAAUUUGUGGAAGUGUGCAAAACCAAGGGCAGGCAGUACUCCCUCACAAAACUUCAACCAUCAACGUGGUAUAGUUUCCGCUUGGCAGCUGUGAAUGAUUGUGGAAAGUCACCCUAUUCGGACAUCAUCACUUUCUGUACGGCCGCCAAUCCACCUCCACAGCCAACGCCACCCACUCUAGCCGCGGCUACUUCAUCGUCGUUGCGCCUCGAGUGGAUAAGACGAUCACAAGAGGAGGAAUAUGUGUUGCAGAUGGCGGACAAGGAGUCAGGACAUGGGUAUCUUCCAAUGUACACAGGUCGAGAGACUGUCUAUGAGUGUGUCAAUCUUCGACGUGCUACGGUGUUUCACUUUCGUCUGAAGGCGGAAAAUGAGGUGGGUUCGUCACCGUGGAGUGACGAGGUGAUCUAUAGGACUCUACCGGAACGUCCAGGACGUCCGGGAAAACCACAAGUUAAGGGUAAAAUUCACGCGACGAAUUUCAAAGCGAAAUGGGAUCCACCGUCUGAUAGAGGCGGGUCGGAGAUUAAGAUGUACUACCUGGAGAUCAAUGCUGGAGCUGGAUUCGAGCGAGUGUACAUGGGAAGUGAGACAGAAGCCAUCUGCGAUCGCCUAAGUCCGGGCACAACGUAUCAGAUAAGGGUAUGGUGUGAGGGUGUGGCUGGUCCAAGUGCACCCUCAGAACCAUGCACAGUGACCACGGAGGCUGUAGCUCCAGUGGCACCAUCGGCGCCAUUCUGUAGUACGCCACCUGGUCCCUAUGCCACGGUUUUGCGCUGGGAACGUCCGGACUACAAUGGCGGAGCACCAGUGACUGAGUAUGAAGUGGAAAUGGAAGGUGGAGUGCCCAGGCAGAGGAUUGCGGUGUACAGGGGCAAGGAUACGCAAUGUGUGGCCAAGGAUCUGUCACCGGGAGAAGUCUAUGUGGCACAGGUGCGUGCCAUAAAUCGCAUUGGAGCUGGUCAGUGGUCCGAAGAAGGUACUUUUGUGGCUGGAGCUGCUCCACCAGGAAUCCCUGGACGUCCAGAUGUGACCAUACGGUCGGCUACGCAUCUGACAGUGUCGUGGGAGGAGCCGGCCACAAAUGGUGCUUUUAUCUCGGAAUAUCGACUGGAGAGUGCCGUGAAUAAUCAGGAAGAUUGCUACAAUAUCGCCUAUCAGGGAGUUCAGACGAUGGCUGAGGUGCGAAAUCUCAUGCCAUUCACCACCUAUUUCUUCCGCGUCAGCGCCACAAAUGCCGCCGGCACGAGUGGUUUCUCAGCUCCAAUCAGCACAAGGACACCCGCUGCUGCUCCCAAUGCUCCCAUCAUCGAGUCAUGUGACAUUACGUCCACCGAAGUGACGGUAUAUUGGCGUGCUCCCGACUGCCAUGGUAGCCCUAUUCGGCAUUACAAUAUCGAUUGUGCGGACAGGGUGAUGGCUACGACGGAUGCAGUGACGGAAUACUGUAUUGGUGAUCUGCAACCCGAAACACUGUACAAAAUCAAAAUUCAGGCUGUGAAUGAGAUUGGUGCUGGUCCACUGUCCAGUGCACUUCGUGUCACAACACUGCCCCUACCCCCAAAGCCACCGAGGCUCGAAUGUACGGCGGCUGGGCAUAAUUUUGUGAAGCUCAAAUGGGGCGAUGGGCGAAAUGUUGACUUUACGCGCUACCACGUGGAAAUGAUGAACAAUCGCAAUCGGGAAUUUGUUACUGUGUACACGGGCACAAAUUAUACGUGUCGCGUGCCAAAGCUGCAGGAGCAGGCCACCUAUGUGUUCCGGAUAUGUGCUGAGACAGAUCAUGCGGGUAUUGGGGAUUACUCGGACGAGGUGGCAUUUGAGACGACGGCCGCUGUACCUAGUAGUAUCAAGUCACCGAGAAUCUAUGAACCGGCGGCUGGUUCUGUACCGGUCAAUGACAGUAGCAAUUGUGAUCAUAUACACGUGGAGUGGCAGCACAGCAAAAACACCUUUCCCGAUCCAGUUGAGUACAUUCUCCAGUGCACACGAAGCAGAGAACAAGACUACAAACAGAUCUACCGUGGUCCAGAGACACGUUUUACAGUGGAGAAUCUGGAAUGUGGUGUGGAGUAUUGCCUUCGGGUGUGCCCAGUACGCCUUAUGGUGACGGGUGAAUGUCUUCCGGGGAGUUUUUCACCUGUGCUACGUCACACUGUGCCACUAAAGUCAAAAAGUGUAAUUGAUUCAAAUGCAAUUGCUGGGGCACAUGGACUAAGUGGUGGUGCUCCAGGGGCAUCUGGUGGUGUCACAAGUCAGGCAUUUGAUGAUAAUCUGUCCAAUGCUGGUGCUGUCCAGAGGAUUCUCGGUCGAGUCACGACAAUCUAUUCAUCCCGAAGGAAUUUCACAGAUCAACAGAAGGCCAUCAUUAUAGCAAUUUUUCUUAUGAUUGGAAGUGUUGUUUUAGCCUAUGUCGUUAAACUUUUUAAUUUCAGCUAAAAUGGGUUUAUUUCUCGUUAAAUACACAUCCACAUCCACAACAAAAGGUACGUGAAAAUUUCUUAAAGAAAAAAAAAUACUAAAGGGAGAGAGAGGUUUUGGGAAUGGUUUUGAGAGAAGGUAGAACAAAAAUUGCAAAAUAUCUGAAGAAUCUUUUGUGAUUGUCUCAUUUCGUGUUAACUUUAGUGGACAUUCUCUAUUAUGCUCUUCCAAAAAUUUAUUUAUUGCAUAAAUUUCGUUUUUUUGUGCUCUUUUUUUUGCUAUGAAAAAAGAGGGGGGAAUUACUGUGUUUGUUUGAAAAAAAAGGUAAUUUUGAAAAUUGCCUUUUAAUUGAUUUUAGUUCAAUCAAAAAGAAAAUCUUAUUAUACUCUACUUGGUUGACCGAAAAGCGUUCUUAUUCUCGCAAUGAAAGAUAAGAAAUAACGAAGAAAAAAAAUUACUUAUGAAAAUAUUUAUGCCAAUUCUUGUUGCAAUUUCUGUGGGCUUUAAUGUAGAAAAAGAAAAAGAAAUAGAGAAAAAUUAAUGAUGAAAAAUUGAAAAAACAUGAUACAAAGUCACGUUAAAAUGAUUUUUCAAAUUGAAACAUAUUUCAAGACACUCUCUCUAAACGUUGAUAAAAGAAAUUAUAAGGACACAUACUAAAAACAAAUCUGUAAUAAAAGAAAAUUGAUAUAGUUAAUAUAGCGACAGUGGGAUGGAUGAGAAACAAAAAGUUAAGUUUUUCUUUAGUGCAAGAGACGAAAAAAAAACUGCAAAUUGGGAUAAAAAAAAUAUUCUGGUCUACACUGUUCUUAUUUCAAUUUAAUGAAUAAGACGAUGAAUAAGAAAAUAAAUUUAAAAUAAAAAAAGAUGUUAGUGAAUUAUGUGAAUUGAUGAAUAAGUUAGAUGGCAAAAAAAAUAUUGAAUCUCUCUUAUUCAAUUUAAAAGAUGAAAAAACAAUGAUGAUCAAAAUGGUAUAAAAAAAACGUAAUAAUAACUGAAACAAAACAAUGUUUAAGGGGUUUUGGAGGAGGUUUAUAUAUAAAAUGAAAAAAAAAAUAGUUAUAGUAUGGUUGCGAUUUGUUUGUUUAUUAUUUUUUUUUAAUUUUUAAGAAGGUGCUAUUAACUAAAGUCUAGUUCCAUUUUCAAUCUCAUUGAAAGAGAAAAUUUAAGAGAGAAAAAGAGAGAUGAAGGGAAGAAAAAAAACACAAAAUAAUUAUAGUGACAAAAAAAAAUAUUAAAAAAAAUUAUACAAAAAAAGAGGAUGAAGAUUUAUCUAGUUUUUUUUUUUUAAAUGGGAAGAAAAUGCAAUGAUAUGAGAUUGUGAGAGAUGGUCAAAUGAUUUCUUUUUUCCAAUUUUUCUUCAAUGCAACAUUGAGCGCGCGCGCGGAAAAAUGCGAAAACACUUUCUUACCACGAAAAAAAAAGAAGAAAAUGACUAAAUUGCACUAGAUAAAAUUUUUGUCGGGGCUUAUGUUUAACAAUAUUAUAUAUUAUAUAUAAAUUAUAUAUACAGGUAGUUUUUUAAUUAAAAAUGAGAAAAAGAAAAAAAGAAAAAAAUGAACAAGUGAGAAAAAAGAUUUAAAAAAAAAUAGUAAAAAAGAAUCCUUUUUUAUACGAAUGAUGAAACUAUAUUGAAUAGUAAAAAAAAAAAACAAGAAUAAUUGUACCUACAGAACUUAGUGAAAGCAACAAACAAAAAAUCUACAUAAUUGUAAUUAUUUCAAUGGUGGAAAGAUCCGUGUUGUCUCAAAAAAAAAAAGAAUCAUUAGCAUAGGUUUUAUUUUUGCUACAUCUUUUUUUUUACCUAUUUUGUUAUAUUUCUCUCUUUAUUUAUCCACACAAAACUACUCAAAAAAUAUGCAGAGAGGGAGGAACAACAGAUAAAAUCACUGAGCGCUUCUUUUUUUUAUGUUGACUCUUCUGUGCAAAUAUUAUUGCAGAAAUUUGCAAAUUAGCCAAUUAUCUUAAUGGACUACUUACGGACGUAACGUGGAUUUCGUGCUGCAUUUUUUCUUUAUUAUUUAUUUGAAAACUUUGAAAGGAAACAAGGAAAUUAUUUUUUUCUUAAGACCGUAAUGGCCAAGUGUGAAUGGCUCAAGGGGGAGAGUUGCGUGAUGACAUGAAAAAUUUCUCACAAGGUUUUUGUUUUUCAAAUCAUUGAAAUCAAAAUUUUAAGCAUAUUGGCCUCAAUUCCGAGAUCAAUAUGUCAAGAUCAAUAUGUCAAAUCUGUCAAAUGUCUUGAAAUCUUGGAAUCCAAGACACAAACCGUGUGGAUAUCAAGAUUUGCAAUUCUGAAACCAAUGGCCUCAAUUCUGAGAUCAAGAUCAAGAAAAUUUCAAGAUUUUGGUAUUCUGAAAUCAGAAAAUCAAGAUCAAGAUGUCAAAUGUCUUGGAAUCUUGGAAUCCAAGACACAAACCGUGUGGAUAUCAAGAUUUGCAAUUCUGAAACCAAUGGCCUCAAUUCUAAGAUCAAGAACAAAAUCAAGAAAAUUUCAAGAUUUUGGUAUUCUGAAAUCAAAAAAUCAAGAUCAAGAUGUCCAAUCUGUCAAAUGUCUUGGAAUCUUGGAAUCCAAGACACAAACCGUGUGGAUAUCAAGAUUUGCAAUUCUGAGACCAAGAUCAAGAUUAAGAAAAUUUCAAGAUUUUGAUAUUCUGAAAUCAAAAAAUCAAGAUCGAGAUGUCAAAUCUUUCAAAUGUUUUGGAAUCUUGGAAUCCAAGACACAAACCGUGUGGAUAUCAACAUUUGCAAUUCUGGAACCAAUAUUUCAAGAUUUCAAGACGUCGAAUUUCUUGUUUUCUUGAAAUAAUUCCAAGAACCUCUCGAAUGUGCUUGGAAUUUUCAAGAUAGUAACAAUUUGAAGAGUUUCAUGUGGAAAUGACUUUUGAUGAGGAAUAUUUCUAUAAGAAAUGAUACGAAAAGAGAAUUACUUUGAAAAAUAUUGUAUUUGAUCUUGUAAUUUAAUCGAAAUGGUACGUAUUUCUAGAUGUGUACAAUCUAGAUAUCUGCAAAAUAAUCACAUCUUGCAUAAGCAUUUCUUGAUUUAUCACAGGUCACAAGUUUAGUUUGCACUUCCUGUACUCCCGUUUAUGGCCCCUCAUUUAUCCUUUAAUACGUCCUAUAAUUAAUUUUCUUAUUUUAUAUGGCGAAAUUUCAGAAAUGACGUUUCGUUAAGUGUGGAAAACCUUAAAAUCUUGGUUCUUAGCUAAGACAUUUUAAGUUCCAUAAAUACUUCGCGUCAGAAUAUGAAAUCUUGAUUUUGGAAAUAUUUGACAGCAUGAAAUUUUGAUCUUAAUUUUGGCCAUUAUUCCUAAAUUUAUGAUAAUUUUACGAACUGAGUGUAAACAAAGAAAAGGAAGUUCGAACGUUUAAACCGACGAGUUACACAAAAGUGAGAAAUUUCAUCAAAAGGACAUUUAUUUUAAUGAAAUUGCAAUGGAAACGUUCUGCCAUUCUGAAAUUUCCCAAAACUUCACAAAAAUCACUUAUCGCAGCAAACGUUUACGCACUGUUGCUGACAUCCUUGACGAUUGAAUUGAAUAUAAUGCCUCAAUGUCUUUCGCCGUCAUAGAUGUCAAUUCAACAUGUGGUUGCCCUUUCCUUGCAUUUUCGACGAGUUUCUUUGCGAGUCCGCUCUAGGAAUACUUUGUGAAUAUUUAACGUCACAACAAUAUUUAUGAUAUUUUAUAGGUCUUAUCCUCGGAAGCCUAAUAUCUAAUUAAAAAAAAACUAGUGUUUACAACUACCCCAUGUUUACUACUGCCCCAAUAUUCUCUGAAACAUUUCUUUAUGGUUUUGGCACACCUUUUAGAUCGGGUAGAUUUCAUAUAAUCAAAAUUGGCAUCCCUUUUUUCCCAAAUGUUUUGCAUAUGACUAAUUAAUUCUUUUGCACUCAAAAUUCGAUUGAACUAAAUUUAAUUUAGUGUGAUAUUCACAAAAGGAAGGAGAGUCCAAAAGACUGGGAUAGAUAUAUACAAAACAUAUUUGAGAAAGACAGAGAUGUUGUAGUGCCGUGGUAUUUAAGGAAAUCUAAACUUUUUUCCAAGUGCACGACCACCUCAGGAAAUCCUCCAGUCGGAUCGGUUCAGCGGAUGAUGAAUAACAAAUAUAUUGAGCACCAAUAGUAUUUAUUUCACUCCUUUGGAUUACAACCAGUGCUCUCAAGAGAAGUCACUGGCAACUGAACAAUUACACUAAUUUCGGCAGCCCUUUUAUACCAUAAUUUCAGCUAUAGAAGACACUAUUCUCCAAUCAUUGAACCCUAUUUUUCUUACUGCUGUUUGCGUUAUACCCUUUUUUUAUUUUACUAUUGGUUGUGUGCUAUUUUUGUCUCCAUUUUUCAUACUGCACUUGCACCCACGAGAUGUGGACAUCUCAUAAAUUAUGAUCGUAAAUUAUCUCUGCGCGAUUGUUCCUUAUUUUUUUUUGUCAUUCUCCAAGUGAGAAUUUCUCCAUCGAACACUUUUUAAUUUCUCUUUGGUCUUGAUCUUUGUCAACUCCCAUAAAUUAUCUUCGCAGAGUGAUCCCAUAGAAUAUGGAUCAUUACAGAUCAUCUUAAAUUCCAUCAAAUAAUUUUACAGAGUGAUCCAUAAGAUUUGGAUCACUACAAUGUGUAUUUCGAUUUUAUGAAAUUUUAUCGAUCUAAAAGGUGUGCCAGGGGCAUUAAGAAAAUAUUUCAAUUCAAUAUACAAAGAAAAAUUAAAACUUAACGUUUUAUUUUACGAAAUCACACAAAAUACUGCGAAAUUGUUCUUUGUGGCUCUGGCACACCUUUUGGAUCAGUCAAAUUUCAUGAAAUCAAAAUUCGCGGCCCUUUCUCAAAAAGAUUUGCAUAAGUCUGUCCUACUCUUUCGGUUAUUAUUAAUUGUGUCGGGGUAUACUAAAUCCCGCGAUGUAGAUACUUCUUCCAUGCCCCCGGUGUUGUUGGGCAGAGGCGGUGCAUUUUAUUAUGUUUUAUUCAAUACGGAAAUAUUUAUUCCUGGCAUUCAGUUGCUUGCACCGGGCGGGACUCGAACUCACAACUGUGAGAGUCGAGUCAGAGAUCUCAUCCGCCCAAGAGCCAACGAUCUUGCCUAUUGCGCCACUAAAAUCCCCAGUGUUUUUGAGACAUUUCGGUCUCAAAAUUGGACUGAAUUAAUAUUAAUUUGGUUUGAUGUUCAAAAGAAGAAGAAGAGUGCAAAAGAGUAGUAUAGACUUAUAGAAAACCCUUGAGAAAGAAAACGAUGUGAAUUUUGAUUUCAUGAAAUUUUCCUGAUCUAAAAGGGGGGUCGGAGUCAUUAUGAAUCAUAUUUCAACAUAAAUUGAAGGUUUCUACGAUGCCCUAUUCGCUUAAUUUUUGACCAUCUGACAUAACUCUCCCCCUUUAAAUCUUUCUUUUAUUUUGGUAUUAAAUUAUUUGUUUUUUAUAGAAAAGAAAUUGCAGCAUUUUUUACAAGGUGAGUAAAUCAUAUUCAAGAAAAAAAAAUCACAUUUCCUGUUUCUUUUCAUUUUCUUUUACAAUGAUAAAUUUACAAAGAAGAAAAACACUUUUCAAUGGUUAUUCCAUCCGUACAAUGGCCUAUUUGUAGAAAAAAAAAUUAUUUAAAAUGUUUAAAAGUAAUUUAAAAAAAAAAGUGAAACGAUAAAUGAAAUUCUAACAAUGAACAAGUCACUAGGGGGAAGGUAAAAGAGAACCGCGUAGAAAAAAAGUUGAAAAAAUAAAAAAAAAAUAUGAAGAAAUAAUAGAAAAUAUUUUUUGAGUAAUAUAUUUACACGACAAAAAAAACUAGAGAUCAUUUAAUUUUUUACAUUAUCUCUUGUGCAAUAUACAUAUAAAUAUUUUUUUUUUGUUUUGUUUUAAAUAAAUGCAAUUUUCUUUUAGGAAGAAUGACGUAAUUUAAAGCGUGUGGAUGAAAGAGAAAGAGAGUAAGGAAUUUUUAUUUUAGAAUGCGUAGGAGAUGAAGGUGGAUCCUAAGAAAACCGAAGAAUUCAGUAUUUUAUUUAGUUUCAGAAGAAAAAGAGAAUCUGUUUUUUUAUUUUAUUUUUCUAACAUCUUUUAUACAACAGCUACUAAAACGAAACAUUCCAUUUUUUUUUUAAAUAAAGAAACAUACGAUUAUUUUUAUUUUUUUAAAAAUUAUACACAAAAGAAAUUUUAAUGAGGGAAAUGCAGUGAAAAUAGUGUCUAAUAUUACUCAAAAGUGUUCCAUGACAGCGAAGAAGAGAAAAAAUGAUUUUUUUUUUUUGGUUUUUUUUAUCUUCUAAAAACGCAAAGAACAUGACGAUAAAAAUUGCACGAUAGACAAGAAAAAUAAAGUGUAAAAAAUACAAUAAAACUGCUCACAAAUUUUAUUCUUUCCAAGAUUUUAUUUUUUAUUCAGCUCGCUAAAUAUUUUUGUUUUUUUUUAUUUAAAAAAAAAUCAGAAAUAGAUGUGAAGAUUACCUUAUAAAAAAAAAGAUAAAGUCGUAAACUAUUCCAGAAUAUACCAAAACAAAAUUGAACAGUAUUGAUGAUGGAAAUAAAAUAAUUAAUGAAGCUAAAUAAUUAAAGAAAAAAAAAUGUGCAUGCUAUUAAGACAAACGUGAAAAAAACUCAUUGCUAUUAAAUGUGAAAAAAAAUAAAAUUGUGUAAAACUCACAUAAAAGAAUUUCAGUGGAUCUUUUGUAAAACCUCUAAUUGUGUGACGAUAAUCAAAAUUUUACUCUUCAAACCCAGAAAGAAAAAGAAAAAAAUAAAAAAAUAAAAGUAAUUGUUAAAGAAAAAAAAAUCUCCUCUAGGAAGAAACGAUAAAGAAUUUAAAACAGAUGAAAUUUCCAAUUAUACACACAUCAAAAUAUCCUAAAUAUUUAAAAUGUAAGUGGACAAAAAAAAAUUAAUGGCAUAAUUAAAGAGAAAAAAAUAGUGAAAUGAUGAAAAUAAUCACACAUUUAUUCGCAUUUUAAUCCGAAAUAUUUGGGGCGCGGGGAAUGAAGAAUUGUGACAAGAAGUGAAAUAUUUAUGACAAUUUUUAGGCAAGUGAAAUAAGAAAAAAAAAUAAAGUGAAAACUACAAAAAAAAGAA